CAGUCUCCCUCCAAUUUAGCCUACCCCCCUCCCCCCCUCAAACCGCAGCAGCGCCUUCCAACUCCCACCGGCGACGAUCCCCUCGCGGCGAACGCGCGCGCGCAACGAGAAGCCAAGAAACCCACCUCGCCUCGCCUCUCCCUCGCCAUCGCCGAUGGGAGCCAAGGGCGGGAUGGCGACGGCGGCGGGCACGGCGGUGCUGGUGUACCUCGUGCUGUCGGGCCGCCUCUGCGGCGACGCCGCCGGCGACGAGGACCAGACGAUAUCCGCCGCGGUGUCCGCGGCGGUGGAGGCGCGGAGGAGGCGGAGGAAGGAGGAGGCCGGCCGGGCGAGGAGGCGCGGAGCGCGGGCGCGGCGUUGGCCGGAGCGCGCGCCCGCCGGGUGGGGGGAGGCCGCGGCGGCGGCCGCGCGCACCGUGCGGUACACCUACGGCGAGACGCUCGGCAAGUGGCCCCUCGGCGAGAUCGCCUUCGGGCUCAAGUACUACAUGCGGCAGCAGGGUAAUCUUCAGCAUGAGUAUGCUGGAAGCAAUUCUCAACUAUUGGAAGGGCCUGUGGUAAAGGAGGAGCUAAUCUCACUAUUAGGAUACCUUAAGCUAUGCAUGUAUUUCUCAAAGAAGCCAUACAAAGUGUUCAUGGAGUUCGGUGGAUAUGACGAAAGCGAUGUUCUUAUAAAGAAAUCUAAGGCGAGGCUUAUGAAGCCUUCUUUCACAGUUGUCCGCGAUAGAAGUGCGAAAUGCUUCCUCCUUUUUAUUCGGGGGGCGAUCAGCGUUAAGGAUCGGUUGACGGCGGCAACCGGAGCAGAGGUUCCAUUUCAUCAUGUUGUGACACAAGAUGGUCAUGUCUCCAAAUUGGUGCUGGGACAUGCUCAUUGUGGAAUGGUAGUGGCAGCUCGCUGGAUUGCAAAUCAGGCCAUUCCUUGCCUCAAUGAAGCGGUUGCGCAAUUCCCAGAUUAUGGAGUGAAGAUCAUUGGGCAUUCAAUGGGUGCUGGCAUCGCUGCAAUAUUAGCAUACAUUCUGCGUGAGAAUGAGAAGUUAUCAUCAUCCACAUGUCUUGCAUUUGGACCAGCUGCUUGCAUGACAUGGGACUUGGCUGAGUCGGGUAAAGACUUCAUCACAACCAUUGUCAACAGAAAUGACCUAGUUCCAUCUUUUGGCAAAGUUUCUGCUGCCAAGCUCCGUACAGAGGUCAUGGCAUCAUCCUGGGUACAUGACCUUCGUGAGCAAAUUCAGCAGACCAGAUUCUUGGGCUUUGUCAAUCGCUCUGUGAGCUUCAUCCGAUCGCACGUGCCAUUCGUCUCUGAUCCAAGAUCCAAGGUUGUAGAUGUUGACAUGCUGGUGCCCAACAGCUCUGAGGCUGAUCAGGUGAAGCCUUCGUCAAAUUCAGAUGCUGUGGUGAAGAAACGCCAUGCAAUAGCUUGCUGGUCAUGUGUUGCUGCACAUAAGCAUUCCAUUGACUCUGCAAAACAUGGAACUCAUGACAUCACAAAUCAAACUGAUGUCAAUGUCAAAGCUGAGAAAACUGACAUCGAAACGGCACAACUAGUCUCAAUUUCCAUGGAAGAACUUGACCUUCAAGAAUCAGAUAAUGACGAUGAUACCGACAGAGGGGAGAAUGAGCCAGCUCUCAAUGAAACAGACGAAGAUCAGGCCGUGGAGCUUCUAGAAACCUUGACCGACAACCCACACGAGCCGUCAUCGUCGAGCCAAAGUCAAGAUCCCCCCCAGCUCUACCCUCCAGGAAGAAUAAUGCACAUGGUUGGAUUGCCAUCAUCAUCAGAGCCAAACAGUACAAGUGAACAAGGUGAGGAGGUCGUUGCCUUGUAUGAGACACCUCGACAUCUUUACAGCAAGAUUCGCUUGGCGAGAUCCAUGAUAAGGGAGCAUUACAUGCCCAAGUACAUCAGGACAAUGGAGCUGUUGAUCGACAAGCUCGUCGCCGAGGAGGAGGACGGCAUCGAUGACGACCACAGAUUGGGAUCAUUGUAGCAUUGGCUGGUGUACAGAAUAAUUGUUGUUGUUAUUGUUGUACAGAUUAUGGAAAAGAAAAAAGGCAGCAUGGUUUUCAGAUUGCUAGUAGCUGUACCAUAGUUCUGAUGAUUGUUUUCAUGGUUUGUGGUUAGCAUCCAGGAGGCUGUAAACUCCUGAUAGAUUGUGUUAUGAUGAUUCGCUGUCAUUUCCUUUUGACAGCGGCCAUCACAGGAAGGGCUAAAGAGCUGAACCUCGUGAUGGUUUCUGUAAUUCAGAAGCAAUUUGUUUGUUUUUAGCUGUGAAUAUUAAUCUCCAAGGAGAUAGGCUAAUCCAUGACAUCUCUCUGAAAUGCAUAUGCGUACUAACUUUAAUUUUAUUUCAA